CACGUACCUAGACUUGGUCCACAAUAUUUUUGAUGUGACCUGGAUCUAGACGGAUUGUUAAACCUGAUUUAACUUGAGCACAAAAGCGGCUUGUACCCACGUCGGGUAACUCGGCAGUCUUUCUAUCGAAGUGAGAGUGUCUUGUAGUUGUAUCACUCCUCCUUUCCUCAAACACAUACUCAAUCUCUCUCUCUACAAGGUCCGAUAUUAAUUCCAAUGUCGUCAAACAAUCCUUCCCAACUUCUUCCCUCAGAGUUGAUAGACAGGUGCAUAGGUUCGAAAAUUUGGGUGAUAAUGAAGGGAGACAAAGAACUUGUUGGCACUCUUCGAGGUUUCGACGUGUAUGUGAACAUGGUGCUUGAAGACGUUACUGAAUAUGAAAUUACAGCUGAAGGACGAAGAAUCACAAAACUUGAUCAGAUUUUGCUCAACGGAAACAACAUUGCCAUUUUGGUUCCUGGUGGUUCGCCUGAUUCAGAAUGACAGCUUAUUGCCUUUUAGUAUGUGCCGUUAUUCUUUUGGUGUUCAUGACCUUGAUAAGUUUUAGUUUACUGGGAAGUUUUGUCUGGUGAAAAUCUAUGAUGCCUAAAGUUGAUCAUAAAGGGUCUCACUAGAAAAAUUAGGGUGGCAAUGAUGUAUUAUUACUUACGUUCUAUUAUGGCAGUGAGGUUCCAUUAUUUGUAAAACCUAACACUGCCAGUGUUGGUACAUCAGACCUUGCACUGAGAAAUUAGUUGUGGAUUAAUAGAUUGAUACUGAGGCACUUGUAUCCAAUAUUUUUACAUUUACGAGCAGAUCACAUUCUUGUUGCAUAUGAACCUGCCUUUUAAUGAUGAACGUAAUUCGUAAGGAAAUCUAUAUUCGACGGAA